GCGGAGCGCGGCGGGGCCGCCCGGCUAUGGAGCGCUACGAGAAGCUGGGCAAGGUCGGCGAGGGCUCCUACGGCGUCGUGUUCAAGUGCCGCAACAAGGACACGGGGCAGAUUGUGGCCAUCAAGAAGUUCCUGGAGUCCGAGGAGGACCCGGUGAUCCGGAAGAUCGCCCUGAGGGAGAUCCGCAUGCUCAAGCGACUCAAACACCCGAACCUGGUGAGGCUGCUCGAGGUGUUCCGGAGGAAGCGGCGGCUGCACCUGGUGCUGGAGUACUGCGAGCACACCGUGCUGCAGGAGCUGGGCCGGCACCCCCGCGGGGUGCCAGAGUACCUGGUGAAGAGCAUAACCUGGCAGACCCUGCAGGCUGUGAACUUCUGCCACAAACACAAUUGCAUCCACCGGGACGUGAAGCCAGAGAACAUCCUGAUAACGAAGCACUCUGUCAUCAAACUCUGUGACUUUGGAUUUGCUCGAAUACUGACAGGUCCCAGCGAUCCCUACACGGACUACGUGGCCACGCGCUGGUACCGCAGCCCGGAGCUGCUGGUGGGGGACACCCAGUACGGGCCCCCCGUGGACGUGUGGGCCAUCGGCUGCGUGUUCGCCGAGCUGCUCGCGGGGCUGCCCCUGUGGCCCGGCCAGUCGGACGUGGAUCAGCUGUACCUGAUCCGCAGAACCCUGGGGGAUCUCAUUCCCAGGCACCAGCAAGUGUUCAGCACCAACCAGUUCUUCAGUGGGGUAAGAAUUCCAGACCCAGAGAUCAUGGAACCAUUGGAAGUGAAAUUCCCCAAUAUUUCAUACUCUGCACUGGCUCUCAUGAAGGGCUGCCUCCGGAUGGACCCUGCGGAGAGGCAGAGCUGUGAGCAGCUGCUGCAGCACCCCUACUUUGACAGCCUGAGGGAGGCAGCAGAGCUGGGCAGAGAGCGCCAGAGGGGCUCGCAGAGAGCAGCCAGGCUGCCUCGGAGGCACCUGCCGGGGUUACAGCACCUGCCUCAGCUGACCUGCAGCAAAGUUCUCCCAGCUUUGGACAGCAAGAAGAACUGCUGCAAGACAAGGAAACCAAAGUACCACUUCCCAAACAUCUGACCAGGUGGCACAGCAAACUCAGUUGUUCGAAGCCACCCAGGAUUUAUAAAUGGAGGAUGCACAGUGGAAAACUCAAUUACUAAAAGUUCUGGCACGUACAGGGUGAUCUGUCUGUACUCUGGGUCACUGAUGGAGAGGAAGUGAUGCAGAAACAACUCCAAGCUCCUCUUAGUGCUCUGUGUACAAAGGCAAAUGCAUUCUGCUUUCAUUCCUGAUUGCCUCCUGGUGCAGGAUUACCCAGCCCAGUGCUCACAGUGUGAAAUUUAAAACUCUGUCCUUGCAUUUUAGACUUGGCAGGAGAAUUCUGCCUUGCCAAAUCCACCAGUCCCUCCUGCUUUGGGCUGGGCCCGGCUCCCUCCUGCUUUGGGCUGGGCCUGGGUCCCUCCUGCUUUGGGCUGGGCUCAGUUCACUCCUGCUUUGGGCUGGGCCUGGCUCCCUCCUGCUUUGGGCUGGGCCCGGGUCCCUCCUGCUUUGGGCUGGGCCCGGGUCCCUGCUGUGUGAGGAGCUGUGCCUGUGCUGCUUUGGGCUGCAGCUGUGUGGGUGCAGCCCAGGCUGGGAGGGGUCUCAGCUCCAGAGGUGCACUGGGCUCACUGCUGCCCUUCCAGAGCUCAAAGGUCUCCGAGUGCUGCUGGGGCUUCAGAGGCCCCACAGGCACCAGGAACAGAGCACCAACACCCCUGCUGUUUCUUUAGUCUUCCCAGAGCUCCUCCUGCAAGUUUCAUCCUUAAAUUCUCCUUCUGACAAGAGUGAGGGCACUUGCUUGUAGUUAUAGAAAUGAUUUUAUCAAAACUAACCAUGAAUGUAAUUUAUAACAUUGGCCAGACACAGGCAGGAGUUCUACCUAAGUGUGUGUGUUAGAACGAAUGGGGUUUGUGGAAUCUCAGAAUUUAAUGUUGUGAUGAUUUUGAAUGAAAAAAAUGUAGCUUUCUUUUUCCAAUUGACUGGAGGUAUUUUGCUAUAUAUGGUCAAGAACAUCCUCUUUUUACUGACACUUAGAGCAAAAAUGUUUUGCCAGUACGUUUUGUGUUCCACAGCAGUAAAAGCCCUCUCAGUGGGACAGAUGCCA